AUGCAUUACCUGGAUGACUUCCUAACGGGGGGCACAGCAGGCACCAGCCACUGCUCAGACAACCUCAACGGAUGCCUGAAUACACUAGAACAGCUUGGGGUUCCUACUGCGCACGACAAGACGGUGGGCCCCACAACCAAACUGACAUUCCUAGGGCUGGAAAUCGACACCAUUGCAAUGCAGAUCAGAAUCCCAGAGUCCAAGAUCAAGGAGGCAACAAGGGAAAUCCAAGACAUCCUGUCAACAGGUAACAACAAGGUCACAAAAAGGGCCCUUCAGUCCCUCAUAGGCAAGCUUAACUUUAUGUGCAGGGCUAUACCAAUGGCAAGGGCAUUCAGCCGCAGGCUAACCGAUCUGCUUAGCAAAGGUAAGCAACCAUAUCACCACAUUAGGAUUACCAGCUGGGUCAAGGAAGACCUACAAAUGUGGUUAACAUUUCGUACGAGUUAUAAAGGCAUUUCAGUGUUUCAGGACCAACUAUGGGUGGACAGCGAUUUCCUCCAGCUGUUUUCAGACGCAGCGGGUGGCGCCAGCUUCGGGGCCUACAUGCAGGGCAAAUGGUUUAACGGCGCAUGGCCACCCCAGUGGGUGACGGAUGGAACUACACGGGACUUGACGCUACCUUGA